AUGGAGAGUCUCUUGCGCCUACAAGGCCUGCAUGCCGAUCUGGUGGCCUUUGCAGAGACGCGCCUGGCCAAUAUUGAUCGCUUGUGGCAGGAAUUGGAAGACAGCAUCCAGGACUUCAAGAGCCUUCUUGACAAGACAGUGCCUUCAGCAAGCGAUAGAGAAGCCUACAAUGGCGGCAAGCUCAAGGUCGGCGAGCAAGAAUACAGCGUGAACGACGAGUUCAAGCACAUCAGCCGAGCCAUAGCAACCAGCCUUGACCUUGAUGAAAUCGAAGCCGGCCGCCUAUUGAUAGAAGUACGAGCAGAUCCUGCGUCCGGGGACGAAUCUCUCGUGACAGAUGUUGUCAGCUGCUACCACAACCGUCGCGAUCUACUCCUUCAAUGUUUGCGAAUCACACUUCAACUGUCUCUGGAGUUGGAAUCCGAGGCUUCUACCAGACAAAUCUUUGAGUCUGUUGUUGCAAGAGUGCUGGACAUCGACACGGGCGUCGCCAACAACGGGUCGCUCUUUGCGAGAAAGUGCCUGAACACACUUGAGGACCUCGAAAAGUUCCAAGCCAAAGUCGCAGACGCGCUCCAGAGUAAAGCUGUGCUCGGUGGACCUCGCGGUCCAGAAUUCUAUGCGACCUUGGAAUUUCAGAAGGACAGCCUUUUCAAACAGCAUGAAGCUUUGGCUUGUAUUCUAGCCUAUUUAUUCCAAGGAGAUUACACAAACCAGGAAGAUCUACGGAAGCUGCAUGCUGCUGUGAAGCGCUGGAGUCGCAUUGACUUUAAUCUGAUUCACUAUCUACCGGCCUUCUCUGCCGCUUUCCGGCAGUGCGCAUCACCGGGCAGCCACCUCUCUCAGGAAAGCACCAAUUCUCUUGAUGCUGUAUUCGGCCCCUUACCUAGCGAUGCGGCCUCAGUAUCGCUGAGACCCUUCCAAGCUAUUCUCAGCUUGUGGUGGACAGUUGAAUACAGUGGGCAAUUUCGCGACCUCACAGAUUCAGAUGCUGGAAGCGAAAAGCGAGCUUCAUCGGUCGCCGCCGCUUUAAACGAAGACGCGCUUGAAUUAAUGCUCUCGAUCUGCACUGCCGCCAAUUCAGAUGUCUGGCGGCAUCCCGCACGACAGGAGCUGGUGGCUUUACUUCUUAGCGAAGGGUCAAGCGUCAUUCUUGAGAAUGGUGAUCAGACGUCUUCUUACUUCCGGCUCCAGUACAUGGAAUCGUUGGAAAGUUUUGUCGAGUCAUUCAUCUCCAAUAUGCCCGACUCUAUCAGGAGGCUAAGGACCGAGGAAGAUGAUCAACGUAUGAACCAUCUAAUUGCAAUGCAAGAGGGACUGCCACCCGACCAUCGAGGAGGGUCUCCUAGCAGGCUACACCUGGAAUGUUUCUUGGUCCUGAUUUCGUUCGCGUUCGAAGGCAGACCGGAGGCUGCUGAACAGUGGUGGGAGGAUCCCGACAGUAACCUGUACGGCUUCCUCCAGUGGGCAUCUCGGCGGCAGACUGUCCCCCGAGUCAGUGCAUUUUGCGAGCUCCUGUGCUCCAUAUCGGAGGAUCAGGAGUGUGCUGAAGCAGCUCACAAGUUCUUGUUGGACGAGUCUCUCCCUACCACAACUAGAGGCCGGCGUAACCCAUCAAUGAAUUACCAACAGAUUUUUGCAGAGCUAGAGCUGUACGCACAUAAAGUUCAUGAACGUACUACGACAUCCCAGCUGCCUAAUAUGCGCAAGGUGUUGCCCACAGACUUGAAUGAACUUGAAAGCCCGGUCAUGCUCUCCUGUUAUCUCCGAUUGUUGGCUCAUCUCAGUCGCCAGCCCAGUGGCACUCGGCAUUACAUUUUGGAAACUGCCUUUCCAUCUUUUCCACAGGCACUGUUGCUGCUGAGCUCUGGACCAGUGCCCACCUACCUUCGGGCUAGCAUCUUCGCUGCACUGGACUCGUUGCUCACGGAUAAGACUGCCCAGACGGCAAUGGCCAUGUGGCAGAUACUGGAUAAUUGGGCCUCCAAUGGCCAAGAGCUGGUUCGUUUGGCGACGAACAAGACAAGUCAACCAUCCAAACCGACAUCUGCCGACUUGCAAGCCAAUUUGAGUGCUAUCGCUGUUUCAUUUGACCAGUACGACUCUUUCGUGGUAUUGUUACGCGAUCUAGUCGUCACUCUCCCUUCGACAAGUAUGGGUCCGGAUAUGCUACCUUUUCCUGCAGAUCUGGGAGCUUCCUACAGGGCUCCUGGAAUAGAUCCAUAUAUCGAUCUCAUCUGCGGUCAACUGUUCGCUAGGAGGCUUCCAGAAAUCACCGACGAUGUGCAGCGCUCCAUAGCUUCGUUUCAUUGCCUGGAAUUUGUGGCGGCAGGUCUCGAGGGUUUCAACGAGGACUUCGUUGUCAUGAUGGACCGGGCAGAUCCACAACACGAUGCUUUCCAGGAUACCCCAGUGGCAGCAGUCUAUGCGCAACGCAGCCCCUUUGCAAGAUUAAUGCAAUGGAUCUUGAGUGCAGAUAUGAACAAAGUAUUGAUGGAGUCAUUACGAGUGCCUGUGGACGCAGUUGAGGCUGCUCUCCCGGACUCGCCUCUUCUCUUGAGCUUACAGCGCUUGAUUGAUAUUCUCAACCGUGUGUUGGACCUUCAGCCAACUUAUUUCGAUAUUAUCCGACCCAUAGUUCAAUCCCGACUUGGUCAGGACGGACUGCUUGCACGAUUAAGUGUCGGCACGAUUGAAGACAGCCUCGCUUCUCAUCCAGAAGUCGUCCUCAACCUUUGUCAAUUCGCGGCGACAGACCAAGCCGAACUUGCUCUACGUGCUCUUGCACUCCUGCAAAAGCUUUCCAGUUCGCCCAAACUCAACAAUCACUUUCUGACGACGGAUUCUGUCCGCGGACGCACAAGGCGGAUUAUCGACAUGCUCGGCCCAAACGCCAGCUUCGAAUUAGAACCUGUUACCAAAGGUUUAACUUCCAGGUUGCUCUUCGACAUUAGAGAGCUUGAAGAGGGCUUUGAAUCUGUCAAUUACCUGACCAAAGACGGGGUGCUGGCUUUUUUCAACGCCUGUCUCGAGACACAGCCUGACCUGCCGAACCUUGCUCAUCUUCUCCUUGGCUUCGACAGGCUCAAGGAGCGGUUGACAAUCUCUGCAGCCAUUGAUGAAGGCACAUCUGUCUUCAACACCGUUAUUGACUUGGUUGAGAAUUAUCCCGACGACGAAAAUGGAGUUAUGGUCUCCUGGCUAAUACACAUCAAGGCAGCAGCAAUGAAGGUGCUGAGACAUCUGUGGUCUUCAGGAAUUUCUCAAAACAUUGUAAUCGGUCAACUCCGUCGACUUCAGUUUCUGCCUACGCAGUAUUCACGCGUACCACUUGUUCAUCAGCAGACACUAUGGGAUGGCAACCCUAUUUUCCACGAGUCUUUCUGGUAUACCACCUCCUCGGAAGCUCUUGCGGAGUUUCUGGCAUUUCGAGCUUCCUUGUUCAACUAUACUGCUACAGAACUGAGAGCUGCUGCGAAAGGUGGCCUGACCACCACGCUCCACCAUGCUCUUUCCACUCUCCAGGGCAGAUCAAGCGACGUUGAGGGCACUAUAUCUUCCAAUCCCGAUGUCUUUGCCCUUUUCGACUUUCUUGAAUUAGAUUUGUCCUCAUCUUUCGAGCUAGAUCUUCACAAUUAUGCGGGAAUCGACUUUGAUCUGUACCUGACGGAAGUCACCGAGCAUACACCCGGCUUGUACGAUGUCAAACUGAUCCGGGAAUAUCUGUCGGCGUACCGCCAAAUGCUCCUGCAAAAGCAGUCAGAGACACCUGGUUCUAACAAGCUUGACGAGCAAGAUCUCAUCGCCGAAGCCGACUACGUGAUUGCCACUAUGGAGGCUCGGAAUAGAUCUAUUGUUGCACACAAAGCCAGGAGUGAUGCUCUACACGAAUAUGUCGAGAUGAUCAUUGCUACCAUUGAGACCUGUCCCAUGGAUUCUACCUCGAAACUACAAUUCAUGCUGCACAUACUUCAAAUCAUGCUUCCCAAGCUAGAUGUCCUCAUCUCGGACGAGUCUGAUGAUGUCAUGGAGAUAGCAAGAGCAGCUGAUGCGUUGUUGUUUGCACUCUCUGAAACCGCACCGGCGAAUUCUCAGUUGGACAACAUCAUCACGGAGAAACUGUUCCAACUCUUCAGAGCCUCCAUCGAAGGCAUACCCGUAACCAACUCAAGCUUCGGCCUGAGGACGAUAUUCUACAGCAUCUGCUCCCAAUACUUGGCAAGGAUUGCCACGUCAGACAAGAGCGAUUCCGACAUAAAUUCAAAGGCUCGUAAAAACGUGAUGGACUGCAUACGCUCAGCGAGUCAGCGGCUCAUUCCGAUCAUCUGUGAUGAUGCAGAGGACGGUGUUGAUGCUUGCCGACUGAAUGCUUUAAAUCUUUUGGCGUUGCUUGCCUCGCUUGCACGAACAGAAAGGUCAAACCUCAUUACCAACGCUUUUGUCAAGGCCAAUGUGCUCGAGAUCCUAUUUGAAUCGUUGAAACAUGUUUCGACAGAAUUUGAGACCACAGAACCAGCUCAUCGUCCAUAUAUUCUCUCAGUAUUUGAGGCGCGCAUGUUGCUUCUCCUGCAAGUCUCUCGUACUCGCGAAGGCGCCGGUGCACUCCUGGAUGCCGGCCUUAUGUCUGCUGUACGCGACUCGCUGCUGUUCCGUGCCGAUCCGGACCUGGGUAUCACGAUUCCCACCCCCAGCGAAGAGGACUCCACCACAUACACGGCUGUUGACCCAGCCACCUCAGCUCUUCGGACGUAUUACGUGCUCCUGUCGUCGACUCUUCGAGUUCUCCUUUCGACAUUCCUAUCUCGCGGCCCUCAGAACGAGCAGAUCCAAUACGCCGCUCGAACCUUCCUGACAGACCAUCGGCCCAACAUGGUCGGUGUAUUCAAGAAGUAUGCCGGCGUAAAUGGCAAGGUUGACGCAACGAUUCGUCCCCUCGUGGCAGAGUCUGUACAAUGCUACACUGGGCUAGUCACGCUGUGUGACUUUGUAGAUUUCGAAGAUGACUCUGGUUUAGACGGUGCACAGUACGGCAGGUUUUCAUGA